AGAGACGAGAAGGAAGAGCUCCGGGGAAGAGAACGAAGAGAGGGAGAGAAAAGCUUUGAGAGAGAGAGAGCGAGUUAAACGAAGGAGAGCUGAGAAGAGAGUUCAGGGAGAGAACGUCGUCGCCCCCUACUCCACAGUGGCGACGAAUGAAGUAUAAUGCGCUGCAAUGAACGGUUGAGGUUACCAGACGUAUUCCGGCGCAUCCUUGCCCUUUCCGUGAACCACGUCCUAGAAAUUCUUACCAGUACCAGUCGUUGCUAGCAGCACCAGCCGAAUUCUGGCCAAAAUAGCCGUUAAGAUUGAAGCAAUUUCAUCUGCCACCUUCAGACCUUGACCUCUCCAUUGCCUUUCACAACCUUUCACAAAGUGAAGGCAAUACCCAUGGUUGGGUUGUGACAUGUCACAAGCUUAAGGUUUAUCCCAAUUCUGUUGGUACACCGGGGGGCAGAUAAACAUCUUGUAUUUUUCCAUUCUUUUCCAAAGGUUGUAGGUAAAGACAUGGAACAACAUGUGGAUCCUUCUUCAGUUCACUUUGGAAAUGACACAAACAACUCUCCUCUUGUUGGUCGUGUGAAGAAGCUGCUCAACCACCGAAUGCUAGUUGGCAUUAAUGAUGGCAGGUUCUUUUUGGGUGCCUUCCACUGUAUUGACAAGCAGGGCAACAUAAUUCUCCAAGAUGCAGUGGAAUACCGCAGCACCCGGCGCACCUCACCUUCCCCAAUGGAACAGCGGUGCCUUGGCCUUAUUCUAAUUCCUUCUUCAUGCCGGUCCUCCUGUCAUGUUGAUUGCUCCAUUGAAGAACAAAUAUCACUGUUAUCACUUCAGAAGUAGGUGAAAGUACUUUGCUAUGGACUAUGGUUGGGAGAGGAAAAAGCAACUCAGCAAGUGUUUGGCUGAGUUAAAACACAUGAAAACUAUUUUUGUUCUUUGGAAAACCUUAAUGCUUCAUCCUUCUGUUAUAAGUUCGGCAAUGUUUCUUUAC